AGCAAUUAUUUUACCAACUCUUUCAUAACAAAAUCCCAAAAGUCUCAUAGAAACCUUCAAACCACUCUCAUUCACUCACUUUCCUCAUAAAACUCUCUCAUUUUAUCAUCUCUCAUCCAUCUUUCUAGUCUCAACACAUUACACAUGGAGGUAUCUUUAGCCAAAAAUCACAAACUUAAGAUCAACUUAAAACUCAUUCUACAAAUAUUAUUUCCAUUAAUCCUUCUUACCAUAAUCCCUUUACAACUUGCAAAAUUUAUAUCCUUUAAAAGAUCUCCAAAACCAGUAAUUAACACCCCUAAUUCAUUCAUUAAUGAAAAUAAUCAACAAUCACCACAACAAGCUCCUCCUAAACAUGGUUCAUUACCACCUACAACGAGAAAAUGUGAUCUUUUUGCGGGUGAAUGGGUACCGAAUCCGGAGGGUCCAUAUUACACAAAUACAAGUUGUUGGGCUAUCCAUGAACAUCAAAACUGUAUGAAAUAUGGUAGACCAGAUAGUGAGUUCAUGAAAUGGAGGUGGAAACCAGAUGGAUGUGAACUACCUAUUUUUAACCCUAGACAGUUUUUUGAGAUUGUUAGAGGCAAGUCUUUGGCGUUUAUUGGUGAUUCUGUUGCUAGAAAUCAAAUGCAAUCCUUGAUUUGCCUAUUAUCCCGGGUGGAAUACCCAUAUGAUGUCUCCUACACUAAAGAUGAACAUUUCAAACGUUGGCAUUACAACAAUUACAACUUCACAAUAGCCAUGUUUACAAGUACUUUCCUAGUCAAAGCCCAAGAAAACGACCCAAAUGGCCCAACAGGAACAGGUAUGUUUGGGCUUCAUCUCGACGAAGUUGAUGAGACUUGGGCUACCCAAAUCGACGAGUUUGAUUACAUCAUGCUAUCAGCAGGCCAUUGGUUCUUCAGACCACUUAUGUACUAUGAAAAAGGAAGCCUCAUUGGUUGCCGUUUUUGCCAAAUCCCAAAUGUCACAGACUACACCAUGGCCUACGGAUACCGGAAAGCGUUCCGAACCGCCUUUCGAGCGAUUUUGGAGAGAGAAAACUUCAAAGGUGUAGCAUAUUUAAGGACCUUUGCACCUUCACAUUUUGAAGGAGGUGUUUGGAAUGAGGGUGGGAAUUGCUUAAGGAAAAAACCUUUCAAAAGUAGUGAGAUUAAUUUGCAAGGAGUUGAUUUGGACUUGUAUAUGGCCCAAUUGGGAGAAUUUAAAGUGGCCCAAAAGUUGGGCCGACAAAAGGGUCAAAGGUUUAGGCUUAUUGAUUUGACCCAAACUAUAUUGAUGAGGCCCGAUGGACACCCAAGUAGUUAUGGACAUUGGCCCAAUGAGAAGGUAACUUUGUAUAAUGAUUGUGUCCAUUGGUGCUUACCUGGGCCCAUUGAUACUUGGAAUGAUUUUCUACUUGAGAUGAUAAGGAGUGAAGGGGUGUUAUCAAAGGAAGACAUGGUUCUUCACUCAAAGGAGAGGAAAUUAAGUAGAUAAUAUUAUAUUAUUAAAUUGAUUUUAGCCUGUAUUUGUUAAAUUAUUUGUAUUUGUAUAGAAUGGGAAAAACUUUUCCAAUUAAGUGGUCAAAAUAAUGGGAAUUUUUUUCCAUUGCUUU